UACAGUAUGUUUUUUAUUUUGAAAUUUCUUGUAAAAUGUCUGGAAUUCCAGUUUAAUUUUGUUCAAAUCAAAUUUACUAAUAAAAUUCUAAAUUACGACUCAUUAUGAAUUUGUAAAUUACCAGUUCGGAGCUUUUAGAUUGUUAAAUUUUAUUAAAUUAUCACAAUAGUUCAACUUUUUCAUUAAAAAUGACUGCCGUAAAAAUACUUCACUAGAAGUAUCACAAAAAAUCAAAAAUUUAUUGGAGCUUUUGGAGAGUGAUGUUACUGCCGCUGAUGCUAAGUGGAGUUUGUUCAUUGCAGCAUGUCAGAGCUACAAGUUUGAUUCUUGUCUACGACCAUUCCCACCAAUGUUCAUUAACAAGGAGAAAGACAUGAACUCUCUGGGACUUUACCCAAUGCCAUCAAACCCAAUAAGAAGGAAAGCAGAGGAUGAAACAAAAAUUCUAGUAAGUGAGGCGGAGCUUGACGAGGGAGCGCGGGAUGUGACGACGGCGGAGCGGUGCGACUGUGGGGAUGACCCUAGCCCACCAGAUCGAGUUGAGCUUGAAGUUGUUGAUAGGACACCAUCAUUUUCACUUUUGAAAAAAGUGUUGAGCUCGUCCAAGUCUUCCAUGAUUGCAGAUGUUAUUGACUUGGUGCAUUGGGUGCUAGUGCAAUCAAAAGGACCAACUUUCAAGUCAAUCGCAAAAAAUCAGUUCGAAUCUGUACUAAAUAAAGUGCCAUGUGAUACAGCUGCUAAAAGACCAAAUUGCAUAUAUGAAGUCGUAUAUCCGGAAAAUAUGGGUUCAAGCGUCAAAUGGAGCAAAUUAAAAGAAGAAUAUGGCUCGCUGUAUGCCUACCACGGUAGCAAACUAGAAAACUUCCACUCCAUUAUCAACAAUGGACUCUUGGUAUCAUUGACUAAGACAGCUGUAUUUGGGCUUGGUGUUUAUCUGUCGAGUGAGCUGCUGGUCAGUCUGCCUUACUCUUCGACGGGCUUCGGCUGGGGCAAAAGUGUGAUGGGCGGCGAAUUGAGUGUCGUUGCUCUGUGUGAAGCUAUCAAUCAUCCCAGCGUUCAUUGUCAAACCAAAACCGGUGAUAAGUCAAGAGCAUUCGCCAACGAUAGUAUGGCUGGAGAAGUUCCACAUAAGUAUUAUGUUGUGGCAAACAGUGAUUUGGUUCGGAUCCGCUAUCUGCUCUUCUACACAAGAUCGCUUCCCAAACCAGAACAUUCAGGACAAAUGAAACAAGGCUCUUGGUUUUGGUGGCUUGGACAGCACAAACUUCUCGCCGGCAUUUUUGGCUACGUCAUUCUGCUAGCAUCUCUCGGUCUAUCGAAUAAUCAAAAUGUUAUGCGUUACUACAGAAUGUUUCUCAAUAAAGCUGGACUCUUAUCCUAAAAAGACACAUUAUAAUUAACGUUAUCGAUGUUGCUUUAUAAGUGUGUUCAAAUCUGUGAUAGUGACUUAGUUUUGUAUUACCUAAAUUACUUGGGUUAUUUAUUCGUGUUUAGCUUUUUUAAAUCAAACAUGCUAUUAAUAAAAAUGAAAAGCAAAUCUCUGCAUUAAUUCAUAUUAUAGACAUUCAUAAAAUUUAUUUUUCGCGAAUACUCAAAUAGGCUAUCAAAUUAUUUCUUCAACAGUGGGUUCGGAACUCACCGAAAAGUGGUUCAUUCAUCCCUCAUCAUCAUCCAUCCCAUUACCCAUGUACAAGCCUAGAUCUUAUGUCGGCAUCAACCUCAUAAAGAAUGAAAUGUCUUUUUGGCCAUAAAUAUUAUCCAUUAAUAACACUAUAACUAAUAUUUUGAGUUUAAUAUUUUGAUCCUUUAGUAGGUGUAGUACUUCAGUCAGACUAAGAAAAAUUCAAACGGACGUUUGUGUGCGUUGGGGAGGGAUUUUUUCUCCGUCUAUUGCAGUUUGUGUUUGUCUCAGGCCUAUAUGCAACAUCUCGGUUUAAACGAAGAUAGAUAAAGCAUUUAUUUAAACCCGGAAUAAAACUCUUCAUAAUAAAUGCAACCAAAACAACAUUUAAUUGUGAAUUAACGCUGAACAUAGAUGGUGCUUGUGACCCUUAUUCGUCAGCCGGAGUGACCAAAAGCCGACGCCUACACUAACCUGGCUAGUUCCUAUUCCUGUUAGUCCAAAAUAAUGGGAACAGAAGAGGGUCAAUGGUGUUUCAUUCUCUCAUUUUUGUCCAUCUAUAAAUCAUUACUCCUUUCUACAAUAAUCUGAAUAAUUGUUUAAAACGUGAGACUUAUAUUAAUCCAUUAUUUUGUAACGUAAAUAAUUUAAUUAACAAGUCAGCCUUCAUCAUAUAGAUUUACUGAUUGUUAUAGUUUACUAUUUCUAUGCAAGCUUGAACAUUCCAUGCUACCAAAGCUGUUUCCAAACUUCAAUUAUUGUGAUUACCACCUUUGUACUUGAUUUUGAACCACCCCUGUACCAGUAUUAGGUUAAGCGUAAAUUUGUAAAAUAUGAUUGAUAUUGAUUUGGUGAGAACCAAAGAGUGUCAUGUAUGAAUUUGUAAAUUUAUAAACUAUUAAAGAGGAAUGAAGAAUU